CGCCACCGGGGGUGCAGGGCGCGGGUUUCGGGAAGGAGAAAGUGCGGCUCUCCAGGGUCACUUGCCCAGCGGCGGGGCGGACCAUGGCUUUGAAGGACACGGGCAGCGGCGGCGGCACCAUCCUGCCCAUUAGCGAGAUGGUCUCCUCGUCCAGCUCGCCCGGCGCGUCGGCAGCCGCCGCCCCGGGGCCCUGCGUGCCCUCGCCCUUCCCCGAGGUGGUAGAGCUGAACGUAGGGGGCCAGGUCUAUGUGACCAAGCACUCGACGCUGCUCAGCGUCCCGGACAGCACUCUGGCCAGUAUGUUCUCGCCCUCUAGCCCCCGGGGCGGCGCCCGACGCCGGGGCGAGCUGCCCAGGGACAGCCGGGCGCGCUUCUUCAUCGACCGGGACGGCUUCCUCUUCAGGUACGUGCUGGAUUAUCUGCGGGACAAGCAGCUCGCGCUGCCGGAGCACUUCCCCGAGAAGGAGCGCCUCCUGCGCGAGGCCGAGUACUUCCAGCUCACCGACCUGGUCAAGCUGCUGUCGCCCAAGGUCACCAAGCAGAACUCGCUCAACGACGAGGGCUGCCAGAGCGACCUGGAGGACAACAUCUCGCAGGGCAGCAGCGAGGCGCUGCUGCGCGGGGCGGCGGCCGCAGCGCCCUCGGGUCCCGGAGCGCACGGGGCUGGCGGCGCACCGGACAAGCGCUCCGGCUUCCUCACGCUCGGCUACCGAGGCUCCUACACCACGGUCCGUGACAACCAGGCGGACGCCAAGUUCCGGCGCGUGGCGCGCAUCAUGGUGUGCGGACGCAUCGCGCUGGCCAAGGAGGUCUUCGGUGACACGCUCAACGAGAGCCGCGACCCCGACCGGCCGCCCGAGAAGUACACGUCCCGCUUCUACCUCAAGUUCACCUACUUGGAGCAGGCGUUCGAUCGCCUGUCUGAGGCCGGCUUCCACAUGGUGGCGUGUAACUCCUCGGGCACCGCCGCCUUCGUCAACCAGUACCGCGAAGACAAGAUCUGGAGCAGCUACACGGAGUACAUCUUCUUCCGACCAUCUCAGAAAAUAGUGUCACCUAAACAAGAGCAUGAAGAUAGGAAACAUGACAAAGUCACAGAUAAAGGAAGUGAGAGUGGGACUUCCUGUAAUGAGCUCUCCACUUCCAGUUGUGACAGCCACUCAGAGGCAAGCACUCCCCAGGACAACCCACCCAGUGCCCAGCAGGCGACAGCUCACCAACCUAACACCUUAACAUUGGAUCGUCCUUCCAAAAAAGCACCUGUGCAAUGGAUGGCCCCACCAGACAAACGCAGAAACAGUGAACUCUUUCAGACACUCAUCAGCAAAUCCCGGGAAACCAAUCUUUCCAAAAAGAAAGUCUGUGAGAAGCUGAGUGUGGAAGAAGAAAUGAAAAAGUGUAUUCAGGAUUUUAAAAAAAUCCACAUUCCAGAUUAUUUUCCAGAGCGCAAACGCCAGUGGCAGUCUGAACUGUUACAGAAGUAUGGGUUAUAGUAAUUAUCACAUUCCUGCAGUAUUUCAAUGACGUUCAGUGUUUACUACGGUGUCACCACCUGACUGUGUACUAACAAUGGUCAGUGUGAUUCUUGCUGCUCUUCCUUUUUGUGAACAGUGGAUGUGGGACAGUAUUUUCUUUCAUUCUUUUUGUUGUUGUUGUUGUUUUUAGAAAUAUGAUUUUUAAAAAAGAAGACUAAUAAAUGUUGAAUCAAAUGGUGUUCCUGAUUCAAACCAUUUUGCAAGAAUGAAAGUAAAACGUGCAUGACCAAGAAGCUUAGGAUCUUGAUUUUUGAACUGUGGUCAUGUUUGUCAUUUUGUAACUCACCAAAAACAAAUCAUCAUAUCACUCCAAAUAAAGUGACAACAUGGAUGAAGCCACAUCAAGUAAAAUGUUAGAUCAUGGUUUUGGGACCCAAAUCCAAAACUGUUUAAAUGUUAAUGCAAUAAAACAAGUAUUACUUUUGCAUGAGCACAGUGUUACAAAUAAUUCGCAAGAUGUAGGGAAGAUUUGUUUGCUGCUUGGAAAGAAAAAAAUUAUGAAAAAAUAGCAAAAAAAAAAGAGAAAGGUUCAGGCAAAGCCUAUAGAUGUAAGCUGUCUAGGAGAUUGAAUCUUAUUUGUUCUGGAUCUGUGAUUUUUUUGUGUAUGUGUAUGGUGUUCUGUAUGUUAAGAUGAUGUAAAUAUGCCUUAUAAUCUUGUGUUAUGACACUGACAUUCAUCUAUUAAUGCUAGUCAUGAUUAUUUCUGUGAAAUGAGUCCUUACAUCAGGCUGUGAAAAUUGGUAUAAUGAUGCUCUGAAAGAUUUGACUAUAAUGUUAAUCAAAAUAAUUGAGGGAAAUAGUAAAGAGCUUUAUGUAUUUAUUUUAAAAAAGGAAAAUAUAUAAGAA